AUGGUUAGUCGUGAGAUCAGGACUCUCAGAUACAAUGAGAUUAGGACUCGUAGAAAUAGGUUCGUGAGAUUAGACUCGCAGAAAGAGGUUAGUGAGAUUAGGACUCGUAGAAAUAGGUUCGUGAGAUUAGGACUCGCAGAAAUAGGUCUGGACUCGUCCGAUUCCAUGAGCAAAACAUACGACGGCCAGAACCUCAGUUUGGGAAAGAAGAAGAAGAAGAAGCGGAGGCACAGCCGGACCAUCUUCACCUCCUUCCAGUUAGAGGAGCUGGAGAAGGCCUUCAAGGAGUCCCACUACCCUGAUGUCUACGCCAGAGAGAUGCUGUCUCUUAAGACUGAUCUCCCGGAGGAUAGGAUCCAGGUAUGGUUCCAGAACCGACGGGCCAAGUGGCGCAAGACGGAGAAGACUUGGGGCAAGAGUACCAUCAUGGCAGAGUACGGCCUCUACGGUGCCAUGGUCCGGCACUCUCUUCCUCUCCCGGAAACCAUCGUCAAGUCUGUGGACAGUGGAGAGGACUGCCCCGCUCCCUGGCUCCUAGGAAUGCACCGUAAGAGCAUGGAGGCGGCGCAGCAGCUGCAGGAGUCAGAGCCUGACGGUGAGGCCAGCGACGGGCGGGAGGACCAACAGCGACACCACCAGCAGCAGCAGCAAGGCUCAGGGGAGCCGCAGGGGGACCAGCAGGAGCAACAAAAGAGGCACCAGCACCCGGGGGACAAUCAUGGGGACCCGGAGGCUGGGUUCCCACGGGAGUCCCAGCACUAUCCCAUGGAUAAGGAGGUGGGAGGUGGCGGCGGGACCUUCGUGGGAGGGGUGCGACCGGAGCCCCCCACCAACCUGCACCCGGGGGGGUCGUCGGGGCAGCCGCCCCCCACCGCCCUCCCUGACGAUCUCCGGUCGAGCAGCAUCGCUGUUCUCCGGCAGAAGGCGCAGGAACACGCCGCCAGGAUGAACCUCAACAACAACUUGGCGGGUCUCCAUCACCCGGAGCCCCUCCACCAUCACCAUCACCUGGGUGGUCACUUCUGAUCCCCGGCCUUCCUCUCCACCGCUAACUCCACCACAACUCUGCCACUGCUGCAACCACCACCACCACUACUGCCCCUACGAGCCUCUCUCUCCACCACACAACCUCCACUACCACCAUUCUUCCCUUGCACCACCCCAACAUUGCCACCAUCUUCCACCACUUUGUCUCCACCACCACCAUGCUCUCUCACCACUGCGCCAACAUCACCACCGCCGACUUUACCCUCUGCUCCAAUCAAAUCUCCACCACCACCACCACCCAGCCCCAACAAAGGCCCUGUGACCCCCUUCACUGGGGUGUGUUGACCGUAGUGACCAAUUUGGUCAACACACUGCCGGCUCCUGGUGCCACCAUUACACUAUCACGCCAACACCAUCACGUCCCAUCACCAACACUGUAAA